AGUUUCAGAAUUCUGAUGAACUUUCCACUUGGACGACAUACAACGGUGCUUCUUUUGUUAAAGAUUAACACUUUUUGUCUCUAAACCAAUUCCUAUUAUUGGGAGGGAAGGCAUCUUAAUUUUAUAAACAAGUAGUGCCUUUGGGGGCUUGCUUUGGCUCUAAUCUCUACAUUCUCUGAGAGUACCAUUAACAGAAUUGAGACAAGAACCCAGAUUUGGGCUCUCGGGACACCGACCUUUACCCUGAAGUCUUCCUGGAGCAAGAGGCACAUACCUCUUCUUAAGCUGUAAUUUCUGUAAGCGCCUUUUAGAAGAAAUGCCAUUGACUCCUCUUGGCUGGCGGGAUUUGAGUGUCCGUGCUGCAGCCUAUUAGCUGGACUAUCUUCACUGUCUCUUUCCCCUCUGGUUUCUUUGUAAACUGGCCCCGCAGAUCUGUUUCACUGGCCUCUUGGUUUUCUCCUGGGUUUUUAAAAAGAGAGGACAUCUGUGUAUUUAUUUCAGUUCCCUUUUUACUACUAAAGUUCAGUCCUCCAGUUUCCUUAGCAAGUUUAGCAAAAAUCUUCAGGGCAAGAUGGACAGCCCAUGCAACGCUAGCCAAGAAAGCAGCUUGAAAAGAUCUGGCUCUUGUGUGCUGAAUUCCCAAUUCUCUUCUGCAACCAUGACAUGCAUAUAAACUCAGUGGCCCUUUAGAAGUUUUCAGGUUUGGAAAAGCUCAGCCUGCUCCUAGCAUCCUGGAUUUCUACCUCAUUCUGGACAGCAUGUGACUGACGGAGUAACCCUAUUCUUGCCAGUAAAAGCUGGACAGAAUUUUAAGAAGGGAUAGAGCCAGUUCCUUGGAUUGUACCCAAGGUUUGUGCAUUGGGAAGGAAUUUUGUCAGCAGUAGGAAGAUAGAAGAACUGAGAGAAGCCUGUCCUGUGAGUGUCCCAACAACUAAGAUGAAGAUCAACUGACUCGCAGCCAAGUUUUCAUUGGUGACAACAAAGAGUUGCUGGCAGCCUCAUCGAACAGUGAGGGGCAGGUCAGAAGAGGAGGACCCUAUAGCAGCUUGAAGUUGGCUGGCAGAGAAGGGGCUCCCAGAGCUCAGACCAGCCUACGUCUCGGAGCAUCAGGAGAACGGUUCCUAACGGGCUCUCCAGUUAAACCAGAAGCCUUCCUUGGAAGCUGUGCCUGCUACAGGGGACUGGAGUCAGGAUCCCAUACCACUGCUUCCCCUCAGCUGUCCCGGACAGUGACCAGCCUGUGGAGCCAGCAGCCUCACUCCUGGAGCCCCCAGCAGGUGCAGCUCCUGCAGAAUGUCCAACCAGGAUUUGAAUGUCACAGUGAAGCUCAUCAAUGGAGGUGUGGCAGGGCUCGUGGGGGUGACCUGUGUGUUCCCCAUCGACUUGGCCAAGACACGACUGCAGAACCAGCUUGGGAAAGAUAUCUACAAAGGAAUGAUAGAUUGCCUAAUGAAGACGGCCCGAGCAGAGGGCUUCUUUGGCAUGUACCGAGGGGCUGCAGUGAACCUGACCCUGGUCACUCCGGAGAAAGCCAUCAAGCUGGCAGCCAAUGACUUCUUCCGGCAGCUGCUCAUGGAGGAUGGGAUGCAGCGGAAUCUGAAGAUGGAGAUGCUAGCUGGAUGUGGAGCAGGAAUGUGCCAGGUGGUGGUUACCUGUCCCAUGGAAAUGCUCAAGAUUCAGCUGCAGGAUGCUGGACGCUUGGCCACCCAUCCCCAAGGUUCAGCCGCAGCACCUUCCUCCUCCAGGUCCUACUCCAGUGGUCCGGCCCCCACCCACAAGUGCACGUCUGCCACCAUCAUUGCCUGGGAGCUGCUGCGCACCCAGGGCCUGCCUGGCCUCUACAAGGGGCUGGGUGCCACCCUCCUCAGAGAUAUCCCCUUCUCCAUCAUCUACUUCCCAUUGUUUGCCAACCUUAACAACCUUGGGUUCAACGAGCUCACUGGGAAGGCUUCCUUUGCUCAUUCCUUCGUGUCAGGCUGUGCUGCAGGUUCCGUAGCUGCCGCUGCAGUCACACCUCUGGACGUUUUGAAAACUCGAAUCCAAACCCUCAAGAAAGGCUUGGGUGAAGAAGUCUACAGUGGGAUCACAGACUGUGCCAGGAAACUCUGGAUCCAGGAGGGACCCUCUGCCUUCAUGAAGGGAGCAGGCUGCCGGGCCCUUGUCAUAGCACCUCUCUUUGGGAUUGCCCAGGGAGUCUACUUCAUUGGUAUUGGAGAGCGAAUCUUGAAGUUUUUGUAGUAGAGACAGCUGGUGCCCAAGUUUCUUUACUUGCUCCAUCUUUCUGGCUCAUUUUGCCUAGAUUAGAGAGGGUCUAGGUAAAAUGGCCCACUCAUGUUGUACUUUGAUCUCUAACUUGUAGUGCUACCUCAAUCUGGGAAGAAGCAAUCCUAUUCUAAGAAGAAUUAGAAGCAAUUCUAUUCUAAGAAGCAGGCUGGGUACAGCCCUGUGUUCUCCCUUCCUGGUACCACAUUCAUUUCCUUUGGAGGUCCAGCUACUGGGGACCUUCAGAAGCUUCUAACCAACUAUUUUUCAACAAUAACAAAACUGGUACCUGCUUAGGUUGUAGUAAUUUCAAGACCUUAACAGUAAAGGUAGAAGGGUUGGUCCUACAUUAUACAUCUCUAGUUCACUAAAACUCAGUACAUGUGAGUUAGUUUGAGGAUUUAAUUUUGCUAAUGCUGAAUUAAGUAACUUAUGGCUAGUCCUAACACUGAUUGUGUUAGGGGGACCAUGACAGCCCUCAAAGUUAGCAACUAGCCCGAAACCAAGCAGACCCUUUCAAGUCAUGGCACUGGGCCGAUUCCAAUCGAAGAGGCUGGCAAAGUCAGCCAGCCUGCCUCAACUCUUCCUUCUGACCCAUCGUCCCUAUGUCCAAGGAACACUAUGUGAAAUAAAGUCAGCUGGUUACAAUC